UGUGCCCGCGCGCCAGAGGGGGAGGAGUCGCGCGCGCGGCCGGAGCUGCAGCUGGGCUAGCUUCCAGUCGCUGAGCAGAGCCGCGGAGCCUCGCCCGGGAGCAGGAGCAGCAGCGGCGGCAGCGGUUGCAGCAGCAGUGGCGGCAGCGCCCGUGCCUCGGCCGGGCUGCCCGCGGCGGGGACGCCUCAGUGAAGCUCCGAGACGCGGCCGCACCCCGAGCUGAGCCUGCAGCGUCCGACCCGAGGAGCCGGAGGAGCUGCCAGGGGAGGCGCCGCGACAGCGCCCAAGCAGAGCAUCCCCCGCGGCCGGCGGCGGCUCGCAGCCAUCCCGAGGAGGCCCGCGGGCGGCGGGCGGCAGAAGGCGCCCGGGCCGGGAGAGAUGCCCACGGAGACCGGCCUGGGCUGGGGCGCCUCGUUCGGCGGGCCCUGAGCUCCCGCCCUCCCGCCGGGGUCUCAGGAGAUGCCCGUGCGCCCUCCGGGCCAGGGCGCCGAGCGGUGACCGGAGCAGCAGCAGGAGGAGGAGGAAGGGGCCGCCCCCCGUCCCCACGCCCGCCCCGGCGCUGCCCCCGGCUCCGGCCCCGGGCACCCCGGCCGCCGCGGUCCUGGCCACCGGCGUCAUGGGCAACAUCUCGUCCAACAUCUCGGCCUUCCAGUCGCUGCACAUCGUGAUGCUGGGGCUGGACUCGGCCGGCAAGACCACGGUCCUGUACCGCCUCAAGUUCAACGAGUUCGUGAACACGGUGCCCACGAUCGGCUUCAACACGGAGAAGAUCCGCCUGAGCAACGGCGCCGCCAAGGGCAUCAGCUGCCACUUCUGGGACGUGGGCGGCCAGGAGAAGCUGCGGCCGCUCUGGAAGUCCUACAGCCGCUGUACGGACGGCAUCAUCUACGUGGUGGACUCGGUGGACGUGGACCGCCUGGAGGAGGCCAAGACCGAGCUGCACAAGGUGACCAAGUUCGCCGAGAACCAGGGCACGCCGCUGCUCGUCAUCGCCAACAAGCAGGACCUGCCCAAGUCGCUGCCCGUGGCCGAGAUCGAGAAGCAGCUGGCCCUGCCCGAGCUCGUGCCGGCCACCACCUACCACGUCCAGCCUGCCUGCGCCAUCAUCGGCGAGGGCCUCACCGAGGGCAUGGACAAGCUUUACGAGAUGAUCCUCAAGCGCAGGAAGUCCCUCAAGCAGAAGAAGAAGCGGUAAAGAGCGGCCCCCGAAGGCAGGAAGCCGGCCCCCUCCCGGCCCGGGCCACGACCCCUCUGCGCCCCCCUCCCCCGGCACCUUCACGCCCCCCCACCGAGGACCCCAGAAUCGAGAACCAAAGCGACGACGCGUCGAGUUUUCCCAAGGAGACUAGAAUUCUAUUGAUAGCCAGACAGUGAGCGGGAAGCCCGGACUCCUGGGACCGCCCCCCCCACCCCGCCCCACCUCACCCCAGCCUUGGAUCCUGACUUGUCCGCCUGGGCCAGGUCCUUCGGCUGCAGCCCCGCGGCUGGCCUCCGCCUAGAAGGCCCAUCCCCCUGGUGGGCUGCCUGGCUGCCUGCUCGAAAGGUCUUUUGUUUGAUCUCCCCCCUUUCCCACGGGCUGCGAGGAGGGGGAGGAGACUGGAGGAAGAGGACUAAGAGGGAUGGGGGAUGGGACUUGGAGGUGAGGGGGUUGCAACCUGCUGAGCCUGCCCUCCCUCCCCGUGGGACGCCGGGGAUGGCUCCUGGGGCCUCGGGAGGAAGGCCUGCGGGGCAGAGAAGUUCCGCCUCCUCCCCCCUCCCCCCAAGCAAGUGCACCUGUGGGUUCUUAGAGGUGCCGAGGUCAUGUGGCCUCCGGGCUCUCUGGCCGGGACCGGACCACGAGGGGACCCCCGCUGCGGUAGGGAUGAUGGGCCAGCCCGGGCCGGUUUGGAGAAUCCCUUUCAUGGAACAGGGCAGGCCCCUGUUUGCUUUUCCUUUGCUCCUGCCCUGGGCCCUAGCAAGGUGGCUGGCUGGAGGUCCAUUUGGGGGAGUUCCUGCUGCCGCAUAGCAGACUUGGAUCAUGGGAAACCCAGCCGAGAGCCCGGCCGAGGGAAAACCACUGGAGAAAACGCCCGUUUCUUUUACAGGAUGAGAACCGCCUUUCAUCUCCGGCCGGGCCGCUCCGGCUUCUUCGCCCUAGUUUGGAUCGAGCCCAUGUGCAGGUCAUUAUCCCACAAACAAAGAAGCCCGGAACCCUGGAGAUCCCGCCGCCGCCGCCGCCGGGCGGGGGGAGGGGGGCGGCGGGGUUCCACGGAUUGCCGGAAACCCAGUCAAGGGUAUUCAAGCGCCAGCCUGGUGGUUGGGGCUGGAAGGGAAGGGCCCGCUAUUCUGGGCAGGCAGACUCGGGGUCUCCGGCCGCAGCAGCACCUGCCUGGCCAAUGGGUGCUCUUCCUGCCCUCUCCUCUCCCCAGCGGAAGGCUGCCCGGAGGAUCCUUUCGGCAAGGCUCGCCUCUAGGCAGGGGAACCGGGUGAUGCAGGGUGGGUUGUCCGAUUGGCUUUUCUUUGGAACGAGAGGGCCCUGCGGAGCCGAGCUAUCCCGCUCCCACCCGCCCCGCCCCACCCCCCAACGCAUUUGUCUUGCAAAAGCCCACCUGACUGCAUGAAUUUCAAAGCACAACGCGAGGUCCUGGCUCGGCUUCUCCCAUUCCUGGCUAAGCUGGACGGCCGGCGGUUCCAGCCAGUGCGCUGGCCCUUGGCCGAGCCCCGCGGUGCGGGUGGGGGUUAGGGGGGCCCAGGAGAGCUCCAGGUGGGAGAAGCUGGCCAUGACGUCAUCGCGGCCCCGCAGGUGCCCGAGGAGGCCUGGGAGGCGAGCGGAAGGGGGAAGAAAAAACAGAGUUUAGUAUUUUUCAUAAGAUGGUUUUUUAAAGAAAUAAAUGGUUUAUAAUCAGGCCCGGGAGUCUCGGUUGCAGGAUGCUGGUCAUUUUACACAGAAGUGCAGUAUUGUCCGAAGGGAGGCUUCAGGCUCGCGUCUGACGGCCUCUUCGAAGCCAUGUUUACUGGGAUGAUUGUCCUCUUCCCCCCUCCUCCCUCCCUCCCUCCCUCCCCACCGGACCAGAGCAGGGAGUCUCUGGGCAUCGGCCGGCCUCCUCUUCUCCCUCGCUUUCCACAAACUCACUUGGGAACAAAUUCUCCAGAGAGCAGGCCUGGCUCUUUGGAGAGCUGUUGGGGCCAGGGACGGGCGAGGGCAGCUCCCCCCAGGCUGCUCUGCUUCUCUGAAGGCGAUGGAAUCCCCGUUUUACACCGUCGUAGUCACUCACUUCCUUGUUCACCAGUUCAGGAUGGGCUGGCCCCAUGCCGCGAGCAAACUGUAGAGGUUUUGUGUCUGUGCGUCUGUGGGCUUGUCUUGGGUUCUGUCUCUCCCAUUCCCUCUGGGUCUCUCACUUGCCUCAGUCCCUUCUUAAGCACUUUGCCAUGCGAUUCGGGGGCUCCCCGCUCCGGAGGGAUUUUGUAACACUGCAGAAGCCAAAUAGGGGCGGGUGGGGUGCUGGGGCGAGGCUUGGGCCCCAGGCCUGCCUGUUUCCCAGCAAGCCCAGCGCCUGCCGGAGGCCCCCUCGGCAGCCAGGAGGGCUGGUUCGGAAGUCGGAAGCCCGGCUCGGCUGAACUGGGUCGCUUCUCCGUCACCACACCAUUGGGCAUUCUUCCUCCCUUCCUGGGCAGGCUGAAGGAGAAGCUUGGCGGAAAGAACGGAUGGGCUUGCUUUGGAGAAGCAGCAGCAGCGGGGCUCGGAUGGUGACCAGCAGACCGGCCUGCCCACUCCCACUCGAGCUUUGUGUUUUCGCUCUGUUCAAGUGUCAGAAUCCCAGAAAAAGUCUCAGCGUUUCCUCACCCCCUCCAGCCACCCUGUUCUGACUGUUCUUUUGGGUUCCUCCUUUCUUUUUUAUGAUGCCAACAUGAUGCUGUGAACGGAAAUAAAUUAUUUAUACAAUCUA